GACCGCAGCUUCCUCUGUUGCUAUCGGUGAUUCUGUUUUUCGACUUUCGGCAACCUAGCCUGUCGUGGUGACCCCGCGCGGUCAUUGGCGUUUUCGACAAGGCGGGUAGCAAGAUGUCUCAAUCGCCGGUGGUCAUCCAUCCUCCGUUUGCCACCCCGUCACCAGGUCAUGUUUCCGGCGGCAUCUCUACGAGCGUUUGUGCCGAGGGAGGCGCCACUACUACAGCAUCGUCAACAGUGGCAGCAUUGGAGAACUCUCCUUUGAAGCUGGAGCUUGACCGACUUCGAAACGCGCUUCGUGAAAAGGAUCGCGAGCUGUGCCACGUUAGAGCAGAGGUGCAAACACUACAGCAAUUGAAUAGGAACAAGGACGAAGCUCUAGUAGAUCUGAGCGAGCAAGUCGAAAGCCUGAACGAAAAACUUCGAGCAACCGAGAAACCGUUAGAGGCGAAGGUUCUGGAGGCUAAAACUGCUGUGGCAGAGAAGAAGGGCGCUAUAGCGGACCAGGCGGCCACCGAGACCAACUUCAGGAGGCUUAGCGCUAGUAAUAAGAAAGAAUCCAACGGUCUGGCCCUUGACAAGCUUCUUGCGCCUCUCGAGGCGGAGAUCAAGAUAUUGAAGUGUGAAAAUGCGCGUUUACAAGAAGAUAAGAGAACGAUAUACAAGUUCAUGAAGAUAAAGGAUGCGGCGUUGGUCGACGCGGAGAUGAAUGUUGCGGCAGCAGAGAAACGUGCUAACACAACCGAAGACCUGCACAAUACGAAUCAGGAACUGUUAAGGAGGUUAGGAGCGCUUCAGGACGAGAACAGGACGCUUGAUAGGCUUCACAAGCAGAAAAUGCGGGAUGUUGAGAAACUAAACUUGAAGGUUCACGACUUGCAAGAAGCCGUUGCGUCUGCGUCCGGAGAGGCGGGAAACGCGCUUCUGGAGACCCGAAAAGAAGUACAAAAGCUUCAGAAAGAGAGGAAGACGCUCCAGCUCGACCUUGCCCGUGCUAAGGCCGCAGCGAGCAGGGUUGCCAUAGCUGCGGCAAAUCGCUUCAAGGAUGAUGACGAAAAAGUCGUCCCGGUGAAACGAUGGCUUGAGGAUAGGCAUUUCCUGCAAGGUGAAGUGAACCUCCUACGAGACAAAUUGGCGCAUUCAGAACGACUUAUGAAGAGCGAAUCUCAACUCAAGGAGAGGCUGCGGCUUCGGCUGGAAGUUUUAGAAGAAGCUGUAAGGGUGGGGCUAGGUCGGCGCGCUCUUCGGCCACCGCCUCCGCUCCGAGCUGGAAUAAUGUCCGAGCAGGCCACUUCCCUGAAUGACGUGUUUUUCACUACAUUCUCAUCCUCCUCUUCGGUCACAUCGUGGCCGCUUUUGGAGAAAUCCAGGCCAUCGUGCCCUUCAGACGAUCAAGACAAACAAACCGCACAGGAGUUGGUUUGUUUAACCGGUAGUCCUUCCUCGCGGUUUGUUUAUCUGUCUGGACUGGAACGAGGUAAUGAUGAGUCAUAUGGGCGGCGAUGGCGAUCGACUGGGCAUAAGGGCGUCGACGAUGGCAGACUUGGAGGACACCGCAUAGCAGACUACCCUCCUCGAGUGGAGACCUACUCGCCGGCAUCUCCAAACCUGUUUUCCCGCAAACGCGAUAGCCAGGUCAGUCAGGAGACCACUAAAGUCGGCAGGGAAGAUUGUGUAGGCUGCUCAGCAAGGAUCUCACAGGACCAGUCAUCUGCCGCUACGCAGGUCCAGGACAUGGAGGCAAAAAUCAGGGAAUGCUAUGGCAUCGAGCACCACCUGCAGCAGGACGAGAAGAGAGCACUCUCGGACACGUGGAUUGGAAACGAAGCCUCGAGACAAGUAUCGGAGUGUACUGAGCAUCAGUUGCUGUCCGGUUUUGAAAGAGAAGGCGAAGGGCGUGGCCGUGCGACUGCAGUGAGCUUAAGUGGGAAAUCGAGGGACGUUAGAGAAGGGCCACAGGAAAGUUCAAAGGAAACGGGGGCGUGCCAAACGGUUGAAAACGACAAGCUGAAGUUGGUUAUCGCUUGUGACGGAGUGUUUUCGGACGGAAACCCUACAGAAUGCACGGCAGAGACGGGGAAAGCUCGUCAAGCAGACGGCACACGCGUCAGCUCUGAGCCGCCUAGCAGCGGUGCCACGGUGGGACGCAGUCGUUAUGAAGGCGGGUGCUUUGCAGAGACUUCAAAUGGCCGAACGGAAACUUCACUUCAGGGUGAGAUCGGCGAUGGUUGGGAAUGGAUCUCUCAACAAGGUGGUGCAGAAGCUACGGACAGUCGGCCCCAACAGCAAAAAGAACAAAUCGAGGAGUAUGUACCAGCGGUGUUCUACGAGACCUUGCAAUACGAGCUGCUAAGAGUUAGGAGAUCAUUUAAGGAAAAAGACCAGUGCGUUAAGGACAAAGAUGAUGCAAUCGAGAUGCUUUCCAAAAAGGUGGAGCUUUUGAAAACGGCGAUGUCGGUCGAGGCUAGACGACUCAAACGCGAGAACAGUGUCCUGGAGAAGGAGGUGGAGAGUUUGCGGGCAGCUCUCGCUAAGAGUGCCAAGGAGAGCAGGAUAAGCAAGCACGGAAGUAUUAUCGCAGCGAAGCGGUUGCAGCACCAACCCCGUCAACUAUUAACGGAAUCUUCAAGCUGUUUAAUGCUGCAAGAUAUGUCAAAUAGGUGCUGUUCAUUUUCUUCUUUGUACAGCCAAGGAAAAAGCUGCAGUGUACCGUUCGCGGAUGAGCCACCCCACAAGACGGCAAUGCACGAGGGGACUGUCAAUUGCGAUGGAUGAUAAGAUGGGCCGACCUCUCCAUCGUCCUCCUCCUUUUGUGGUCGUGUACUCAGGGGUGAAAGCUCUGGAGGUUUCCAUUGCUAGGAUAGGGCCUUUUUUUACUUUCUUUCAUAUUUCCUUCCUUUUUUGUUUUGUUUUGUUUUCUUCUUCUUUUUCUUUUCGAAAAUUGCUUCCCGAAGCGCUAGUGGGUCUCAGAACUUUGUCUGGUAGUCGGACAAGUGGUUGACAGGGAAGUCAGCAUUGGGGUUUGGGAAGUCAGCAUUGGGGUUUUGUGUUGCUGAACUGGCGAGCUGUUACUUCUGGAAAACUCUAUCUCUAUUCCGCAGGUAGUGUGUACUUUUUCUAUUUCUGAAUCUGGACUUGAUCUCUAUUCCGCAGGUAGUGCGUGCUUUUUCUAUUUCUGAAUCUGGACUUGAUUUUGAUGUUUCUUGGGUCUUCUGUUCUCUACACCUCAUUUCUGGUGGACAGUCUCUCUACUUGCUGAGAGAUACUUAUUAAGGAAAAUCAAAGAGCUUAAUCCCU